AUGCCAGCAGGAGCUACUUGGGGCCAAUACAUUUCAUUUUCAAUAGCUGCUAUGUUAUCAAUGCUAACUGGAUCGCAGGUAGUUCAUCAAUAUUAUAAGCCCUUAGUUGAUUUAAAUAAAUACAUCAACAAAGAGCUCGAAAAUUUACCUGAGAAUUUACAAGUAAAGAUCAGAAAAGAACUUCAAGAUGAUGGUGUGCUUAAUUAA